UAUACUGCCUCAUAACAGCCAUGUAAGAUAUUGAAACGUAAUGUUAUGUUCCAGAGUAGUCUGUGAUAGCACUGCGGUUCCUUAUACGUAAAACACAACCAAAAACUUUAAUUAGUUACCAUCAACGAUCUAGAUUUCACAUUUUCACAGUUCUAAUUAACAUUUAUCAGGAACCAAAACCUCGAAUUAAGUCAAAGAUGGAUAAAAUAUAAAGUAGACUGGAGGUUGUCCUUUGCUAACGUGGACGCUCAAUAAGUUAUCAGUGGUAGCCAGGGCAACUUAGUUGCCAUGUUGGUAAGGGGGGAACAUUUACACUCAAUGUACAGGGUGGUCCAGAUGCCUUGUGACUUCCCAAUUAGUUAACCCCCUCACAUUAUUUUUCCCCUUCGCGUAUUCAUUUGUUUUAAAUAAACCUCGCUUUAAAAAAUAAAUAAACAUAUAGUACGUUUCAGAUCAUUAAACUGUAGUCACAAGACAUCUGGACCACCCUGCCGAACACCGCGAUGGGAACGCAGUCUCGUGAAAUAUCAAAAGUAAAAUCGAAUAUACCGCGGGGGUGUGGUAGAGAGAGAGAUAUAUAAACUCGGCUCCUUGCUAAGAUGACCGUUUCAGCGACGUUUUAUUUAAAUCGACAACCUCCUUUUAACUCUGCGCGCCAUAAUUGUAGGGGAAUGCCUUCCGCUUUGGACAUACAACUGGACGAGACUCCUCGCCCGUGCGCUCUCACUGCCGGGCGCCGGCUCCGUCUUCAUUGUCGCAGCGAUAACCACUGCCGCUGCUCCUGACGCCGGUCGACCGCCUGCAAAUUGUGACAUUGCAGCUGUCGUUCUGCAUUCCGCAUCAGCGACCGUAUGAAGAAAGAAGAAGAAGACAAAGACGACUGGCGCGUUUGUCCCUCGGAUAUGACCAUGAACUCAAAGUGGGGGAGCAGGUGAAGACUCGUAAUGCCACUUGGAGAUCGUCUCAUGUACAGCAGAUAGUAGGCAUUAGAGGACUUGUGUAAGAAAAGUAUUUGUUUCAUUGCACGCAGCUGUUUCAGAAUAAAAGCAGAACAAAAACUCUACUUGACUGUAUUCAAAGGAUAAAAUAAAGACCGCGUUCUUAAAUGGCUGUAUUAUACUAAGAAGAUAAAAAAUUAGGCAUCCCCUCAUAUUUUUCACUUGGCAUUACCAAGACUAAGCUGUGUUUAUCCACAACCUCUUUAAGAUAAUCCAUGUGGGGAAAAUAGAGUUGGCUCUGAGCUGCGUGGUCCCGCGACCCAUGCGUUGAGCAAUCCUCGUGGAGCCUCAUGGACGUGGAUGUCCCCUUGACCCGGGCGCCGGGCAUCAUGUCCAUGGAUCGCGGCUCGCUGGGGGAGACUGAGGAUGACAUGACGGAGCACGAGCGGAACAGCACGGGCCUGAAUUCGUGCUGGCCCAUGUACCAAAGCAACUCGCACAUGAGGAAGGCCUUCAAGAUCAUGAACAGCUUGAGGAGGCAAGGUGUGCUAUGCGAUGUCGUCCUCGUAGCUGAUGGGACAGAAGUGGCUGCUCACAAGCUGGCACUGGCCUCAUGCAGCCCUUACUUUCAUGCCAUGUUCACAAGCGAGAUGGCGGAGAGCAAGGCGCAGAAAGUGGAGAUCAAAGAAGUGGAUGGCCGAGCGCUUGCCCUGCUCGUUGACUACGUGUACACAGCGGAGAUCCAGGUGACCGAAGACAAUGUGCAGAUUCUGCUGCCUGCAGCGAGCUUACUCCAGCUGCCGGAGGUCCGGGAUGCUUGCUGUGAAUUCCUGCAGUCACAGCUGCACCCGUCCAACUGCCUGGGCAUCCGAACAUUUGCCGACAUACACGCCUGCUCCGACCUCCUCCAGCACGCCAACACCUAUGCCGAACAGCACUUCUCUGACGUGGUGCAGGCAGAGGAGUUCCUCUCACUAUCGGUGGAGCAGGUCUGUGACCUCAUCGCCAGCGACAGACUGAUGGUCCCUUCAGAGGAAAAGGUGUUUGAAGCGGUGCUGGCAUGGGUGAACCACAACCGCGAGAAGCGACAGGAGCUGAUGGCUAGCCUCCUGGAGAAUGUGCGUUUGCCUCUGCUCUCUCGCGAGUACCUGGUGGAGCGUGUGGAGGAAGAGAGUCUGGUGAAGAACAACAGCACCUGUAAGGACUUCCUCAUUGAGGCCAUGAAGUACCACCUGCUGUCGAGCGAGCAGCGAGCGCUAAUGAAGUCGGACCGCACGCGACCUCGCACACCUGUGGGCCUCCCCAAGAUGAUGAUUGUGGUGGGUGGCCAAGCCCCCAAGGCAAUCCGAAGUGUGGAGUGCUAUGACCUCAAGGAGGAGAGGUGGUUCCAAGUGGGUGAACUCCCAUCCAGGCGCUGCAGGGCUGGCGUGGUGGUGCUCAACGGGAUGGUGUAUGCGGUGGGUGGCUUCAACGGCUCCCUGCGCGUGCGCACCGUGGACGUGUACGACGCGGCCAAGGACGUGUGGCUGGCGGCGCCCAACAUGCAGGACCGGCGCAGUACGCUGGGUGCCGCCGUGCUCAAUGGCGUGCUGUAUGCCGUGGGCGGCUUCGACGGCAGCACGGGGCUGGCGACGGUGGAGGCAUACAACUACAAGACCAACGAGUGGGUGCAUGUGGCCUCCAUGAACACUCGGCGCAGCAGUGUGGGUGUAGGUGUCGUAGGAGGCAUUCUGUAUGCUGUGGGAGGCUAUGAUGGAGCUUCUCGCCAGUGUCUGGGCUCUGUGGAGGCAUUCAACCCAAUUUCGAAUGAGUGGACGUAUGUAAAGGAAAUGAGCAUUCGCCGCAGUGGAGCUGGUGUUGGUGUUUUGGAUGGACUGCUUUUUGCCGUGGGUGGACACGAUGGGCCACUGGUCCGGAAGAGUGUAGAGGUGUUCAACCCGCCCACCAACUCGUGGCGGCAGGUGGCCGAUAUGAACAUGUGCCGGCGGAAUGCAGGCGUGUGCACGGUGAACGGGAUGCUGUUUGUGGUGGGUGGCGACGACGGCUCAUCCAACCUCUCGUCAGUCGAGUUUUACAACCCCAGCGCGGACUCGUGGACCCUGUUGCCCGUGAGCAUGAGCACAGGCCGCAGUUAUGCAGGUGUUGCCGUUAUAGACAAGCCAUUAUGAUCAACAACAGGUCCAAAGGCAUUCUUAACACAUCUGAGAAGCGGGAAUAACCAUUCCGAAAAGGAUGGGUUCUUAAAGCCACUUCGAGGCUAAAUACAUCGCAUGGUUGUCAGCUCGUGAAAGCGACGCGCCCUCUCGGCGCAUACAAAGCGGAAGAAACAGGACAUCACUGCCAAGCAGGUGCCUCCUAGGGUCAAGUUGACGAGAGUGGUGGUUACCUUAAACACCACUGUUAUGUAUGAUAUUAUCGAUGAUGGUGAAAGGUAACAUGACUUGGGACCAUUUUUUGAGCACACCUUUUCAGAAAUGGAAAAUGGUAACCGUGCUGAUUUUUUUUACGAGUCAAUAAACACGAGUAUUCAUGGCCACUAAUGAUCAGGCAUGGAGCUUUAGAAAUGUUCGUUGGUUUUGUAAAUUUAUAUAAGCUUUCUACAAGUUUUGUAUGCAAGAGACACGGCAAAUAAACACUGGCUUUGAUUUGUAUGUUGACAUUUAAAUCAUGAACAUCAUUUGCAUGUUACACCAUUACUAAUAUAACAUUUUAUAUAUAUUUUUUAUAACCAACAAAGGGAUUCCGUACCUAUAAACGUGUUUUUUUGUUGAAGUAAAUGAUUGAAUCAUAUUGAAAUUGACCUAAGACAGUAGUUUGCAAGCAAUUAUUAGGAUUUGAAAUUGCAACUUUUUGCAUGGCUACUUUUUUGAUAGAAACCUUUUAAAUCUGACAUUUAAUUUGGAAUUGGGUUUCUUUUAUAGUUUCCCUAUCUCUACGUUGCAUUAAUAAAUCUCACACUAUAAGCAUGCAAUUCCACUACAGUGGCUAGUUGCAAAUAAUCUCACGUGACAUUUUCUCAGUUUUUAAUCCUAACCAGUACAAACUCAGGAAAAUUGUCACUGAUAAGGUCUGUUAUGCACUCAGCCACAGGCCUUAAUUAUAUUUUAAUGUGUAGAUUUGCCAAAGUAGACAUUGUAUAUUUGAAAAAAGUGGAAUAAUAACGUUGGGAGCCUGUGAUGUGGACUUAUGUAAGCUAUAUUUACAUUCCUUGUUCAUUGUAAGAUUAGUAUUUAUUUGUAAAUUAUUGCAAUGUGGCAAUGUAUAGAAUAAACAAAAUAUUUUUUUCCGAACUUAUUGCACAACUUUAACCCUUUCCAGUAGCAUUUAAAAAGUUUAGUUUAUAUUUUUAUUUCUAAAUAUAUGUAUUGUGCCCAUUUAAGGUGCUUUAGUUUAACGGGUUAAACUUGCUCCAAACUUUCACGUUUUCAAAUGAAGUACAUUCAGUGAUUUGGCCUUGGCAUGAAUCUUAAAGUGCACGUAUGUUCCAGUCUCGACGAUCGUUAAGUGGAGGCUAGUGCUGUGCCGUAUACAGCGCCACUGCGUGCGGUUGCGGUAUCGAAGUGAAGUGGCUCGUGAAGAUGCAUGCUAGGCUGCCAUGUUGAUGUAUUAAAUGCUGUGUGUGCAAUUAAUCAUGUGCUAGCAACAUUUGCCCUGUGACAUGCCUAUUGUAAAGUAAUAACAAAUUUUCAUUUGUUAUAUUAGCAUGCAAACACAGUUAUAAUUUAGCAAGUAGAAACUUGUGCAUUGUUCUCCGUGCAUGUUUCUUUUACAAGGCAAUGAAUCAUCCUCGAUUAGGUUGUUUCGUAUAUUGGUGGACCAUUUUUCCUGCAUCUCUCCUCCGAGAUUAAUGAAAAUGACCUCUAACGUGGGGCAACGCCAACUUUAAUUUACAUGCACCUUCGGACAAACAACAUUCCUCGGAACGUGCUGUUUUGCAUGCAAGUGUAAGCAGUAGUAAUGUUCCAUUCAUUAAAAUGUAUUAUUACAAUCUAAUUGUGCAUGUGGUAAUAGCUUAUUUUCACUCGUGUAUGUUUACACCGCUAUAUAAUAUUUAUACUUUAUAUUUAGAAGCACCACCAAAAAAGUCAUUUGUGAAUCAGAUCAUGAUCAAAUCGUGGAAGAGUCAGUCUUUACAUCCUUCGUAGGCUAUGAUUCAUAUUCUAAUUUGAUGCAAUUAACCAAUUGAAACUGCAUGCAAAAACUGAUAAACAGUAUGUUUUCCCGAUUUCUAAUUUUAUUCCAAUGGUAUUGCCGUUGAAUGUUUAGAUUCAUAGUAUUUAUAAAAA